AUGGACGGACCAGAAAUUGUCUCGCCGGCUAGCGAAACGAGCUCACAGUUGGAUCAAACGCAAGGACCUCAACAGAGAAGACUAUGGACGCAAGAAGAAGACGAGAAAUUGCGUUUGCUCGUGUCGUACUGGGGUGACCAAUGCGGGCGGAACGGCCACUGGGUCAAGAUCAGCUCUCAUUUCGACAAUAGAACACCUAAAGACUGCCGCAAACGGUGGUUUCACUCACUAGACCCUCGCCACAAGCGCGGAAGAUGGACAGAGUCAGAGGAUAGAACGCUAAUUGAAGCCUACGAGCGCCUGGGUCCCCAAUGGCAGCGGGUCGCCCAACUGAUUCCUGGCCGUACUGACGAUCAGUGCGCCAAACGAUGGUCUGAUGUUCUGGACCCUAGUAUAUCCAUGCGAUUGAGAGACUGGGACGAAGAAGAAGACCGUAAACUCUUGGAUCUUAUUGAGAAAUAUGGCACGAAAUGGCGCGUUAUCAGUAAAGAAAUGGAAGGAAGAACAGGAUUAACGUGUCGAAACCGCUGGAGAAAGCUUGUGCGAAUGAGCGAAAAGGCCCAGCAAGCCGCAGAUAAAGCCAAUUUUGCCAGCCAACAAGCGAACGGUCCCCUGCCGCCCCCGCCUAAAGAACUAAGUCUUCUGGAAGCUAUUAUGCCUAGUGGAGAUGCUCCAGCGCCUUCGACAAUCGCGUUUUUAUCUAAUAGAGGUGGUACAGACCAAACAACGGGUCAGUCUAUUCAUCCAUUCAAUCAUGAGUCUUUGCAAUCUGGGAAAACAUAUACGAUGUCUAUCGAAGAUCCCGCUUCGUACGAAGACGGCGGUUCUGGCACAGAUGCUCAGCAAUAUGCUCUUAACGAACUUGAUCUUGAUAAAGUUCUAGAUGCCGCUGCUAAAAACCAGCAGAAAAUCGUCAUUCACCAACACAUUUAUACAAUAUACGCCCCAAGUGGUAGUGGAAUUGCACCACGAGCGCCUGGGCCGCACAGUGCAAUGAACCAGCCAAGCUCACAACUACUCCAGCAAGCACAGCUCCAGCAUGCUCAUCAUCGGCAGCAGCAGCAGCAACAGCAGAUUCAACCCCAGGUCCAACCGACCCCACAGCCCCAGCAGCCUAUUUCUUCCGACCUGCAGUCGAGUGGACCGCUUCCCGUCGGUGCAAUGACACCCGCAAUGGGUGGAUUGCCCGACGAGUUCAUGGUCAUGCCCGGAAUGCUCUUUGAUAUUGACCGUCAGGACCAAACCGAGCUCCAGCUCGACUAUCUUGCUUUCAACCCAUCGUAA